UUCAAACUGAAUGAAUCGUUUCCAAUAUUCCAUUAAUUAACAAAUCAAACGGUCAAAUCUUUCAACAGCCAGACGUCUUCGCUUUAGUUCCCAUGUACUCACUAAUUUGCAGGAACCAAACAUGGAAGCUCAUAACAAGGAAUCCGAAGACCUCCCACAAGUACUGCUCCUCAAACCACCGCCAGACUUCAUACUGUUUGGAGAGGAAGCCUUUCCCUCAAAAAAAUUUCAGUUCUUGAAAGCAUGGAAGUCAACGCUCCCUCUCGACCAAUUCUUGAAAACACAUGCGCAAUCAGUUGAAGCCAUUCUAACCUCGGGCAGUUCCCCCAUCACAGCCGAGAUUUUACGACUAAUGCCAGCGGUUCGAUUUGUGAUCACCACUAGCACCGGCGUGAAUCACAUAGACAUAGCCGAGUGCCGAUGCCGCGGGAUCUCUAUUGCCAAUGCUGGAACCGUUUUCUCUGAAGAUGUGGCGGAUUUGGCCGUUGGUUUGUUGAUUGAUGUGUUGAGGAAUGUCUCUGCGGCAGAUCAGUAUGUUAGACAAGGGCUCUGGACUACUAAAGGGGACUAUCCUCUCGGUUCUAAGCUAGGUGGUAAGCGAGUUGGGAUUGUUGGAUUGGGGAGCAUUGGCUCAUUAGUUGCUGAAAGACUAAUCGCUUUUGGAUGCCAUAUAUCAUACAACUCAAGAAGCCAAAAACCAUCUGUUCCAUACCCUUUCUAUUCGAAUGUCCGUGAACUUGCUGCUAAUAGUGAUGUUCUCAUCAUUUGCUGUGGAUUAACUGAAGAAACACACCACAUGAUCAACAAGGAAGUUCUGUCAGCACUGGGAAACGAAGGAGUCAUUGUUAAUAUUGGACGUGGGGCUAUUAUUGAUGAGCAGGAAUUGGUUCGGUGUUUAGUACAAGGAGAGAUUAAAGGUGCAGGUUUGGAUGUUUUUGAGAAUGAGCCUAAUGUUCCUAAAGAGCUCUCUGCAUUGCAAAAUGUUGUUCUGUCUCCUCAUUGUGCUGUCGCUACAACAGAUACUUUCAAGGAUAGGCAAAAACUCGUGGUGGGAAACUUGGAAGCUUUCUUUUCAAAUAAACCACUACUCACUCCAGUUGCCGAUGACUAGAUGGAUUUUGUUCAUCUUCUUGAAAACCAUCAUAGUGUGAGUUUUAAUUUCUGUAACAUUAUUUGUUUGUGAUCCUUCUAGAGGAUCAUAUCAGAAACAAUUAUCUUGCCGAGCUGAUUUUUCUCUCUAUUUUUCUCCAUUUUUAAACUAUUGGGAUUGUUACCACGAUGAUUUUUCCCUAUCAAUAAUAAUUUACUUAUACCUAA